UAGAACGUUUGUGGUUCUCUGUGGUACCGAUAAAUUCCGAAAAUGGACGCUAUUUAUUUACCCACGGUGGUACCGUUACCAAUACCCGAAGAAGAGCUUGUUGAUUUAGUCAAAAAAGGCAAAGAUUGGGCGAUAAUGCACGGAGCUUCGAUGAGAUCCAAGACGAAGUUCUCCGAAGACAACAUAAAUUUCGCGCCUUUCGUUCUCCUGCCAUCGACGAUGACCCAGAGGAAUUACCGGCGCGCCUUGGAAUUGCAAACCAUCUUCCAGGAGCUGGUCCACAAAGUGGCCUACGACCACGAGUUCCUCGAGCACUGCCUGAGCAACACCGUCAAAGUCGACGAUUUCACCGGCAGAUUGUGGAGCAUCUACGAAAUGGUGCACAAGGAAGGCGUCGCCCAACCAAUCGCCUUGGGUUUGCUGAGGUGCGAUUAUAUGUUGGAAACUUGCGAUAAAGAACGAAAAAAUAAACGAAGAAAUUCGAAUACAUACCCCACCUGCGAAUGGAAACUCGUGGAAGUUAAUACAAUUGCAGCUGGUUUCGGUUGGUUAGGACCAGCUUCUAGGCUCAUACAAAAAUACAUAAUGGAAGAAAUGAACCUCCACGAUAAAAUACCAAGGCUUCCCGAAAACAACGCUCUAGCCGGACUCUGCCAAGGCAUGCUGGACGCUUGGAAAUUAUACGGCAAUCCCAAAGGUUGCAUACUGAUUGUGAUCGAGGACGUUUCCUACAACAUAUGCGACCAAAGGUUCCACCAAUUCCAACUCAGAGAGAUGAAUCCGAACGUCAAGGUACUCAGAAAAACGCUCACUCAAAUCGGCAACGAGGCCGUCUUAAACCCCAAAAAGGAACUGACCAUAAACGGCGACGUUGUCAGCGUGGUGUACUUCAGAAGCGGCUACGAACCGGUCCAAUACCACGGCCAGAACGAAUGGGACGCCCGAUUACUAAUAGAAAGGUCCAAAGCCAUCAAAUGCCCCAACAUCAACUACCACCUGGCCGGCUGCAAGAAAGUCCAACAGGAAUUGGCCAAGGAAGGCGUCAUCGAAAACUACAUCACCGACGAAGAACAGGCCAAAUUGAUCCGGGACGCCUACGUGGGCAUCUACGGACUGGACUUGGACGAAGAGGGCGAUCGGGCGGUCGAGCUGGCAUUGAAACAACCCGAAAAGUAUGUUCUUAAGCCGCAAAGAGAAGGUGGAGGGAACAACAUUUACGGCACUGAAAUCAAGAGUGCGCUGUUGGAAAUGAAAGACAGCCAGGAGAGGACGGCGUGGAUAUUAAUGGAGAGGAUAUUCCCGCCGAUUAGUAAGGGUUAUAUGGUUAGACCGGACCAGCCGGUGCCGCCUGCCAUAAUGGAGAUGGUCUCGGAGUUCGGGAUAUUCGGAGUCAUCAUAGGGGAUUCGGAAAGGAUAAUGAAUAACGAGCAAGUGGGGCAUAUGCUGAGGACGAAAGUAGCGACGGCGAAUGAAGGAGGCGUCGCGGCGGGCCUGGGAGCUUUGGAUAGUCCUUAUUUGAUAGAUUAAUUGAAACAAUUAAUGCGAAAAAUAAUAAUAAAAUGUCGUGUAAUCUAUAAGCUUUAAAAUUAUUUUUUUGCUUUAAAAACUACGUUUAUUACUAAUUUAUUAUAUCUAAUAUAUAUUAUAAAUAAAAUGUACUAUUUUACC